AUGUCUCGUACAGAUGGCAUUGCCGAUACACCCGCAAAGUUGGAAUUCCUACAGUCCCAUCUCAACAGGUUCCUCGACAUUGCCGAGGCGGGUAAGCGUAGCGAAGCAAAGCGAUUUGUAGAUACCAUAGUGUUACCCGCAUGGGAAGAAGCGUUCGGUCCUCCGAGGAUUUACAAGUGGUUUGCGAAUCGUCGAAGACCCACCAAGCGUCCGCGAAGGAAUCAGGACGGUGCUGUCACUGCUGCAUCCACCCGAAAAUCGUCACCAAAGUUCACGGCAAACUUCGUCCUUCGUCGUCCUCGUUCAGUUCCCGCACGCGAUCUGUUCGCAAAAACAAUCAAGGAGAAGCUGGACAAGAUCGUCAGCGCGUGGCGAAAAGAGCGUGGCCUACCAUAUACAGCGGGACUGCAGAUUCGGGCCCGGCUACUGAGCAAGGCCUGGAAGCAGCUCCCCCAAGGAAAACGGGUCCGCUUUCUGGAGGAGGCCGAAGCCAUCAAUCAGCAGAGAGCUCGUGAAGGGAACGAAAUGAGGAGAGAAGAUAUAUCAAGUAUAGCACCAGAUUUGUACGACGCCAUUUCUAAGGUGGUGAAGGGAUGGGCUCAGCUGCUACCGGGAUGGACAAUUAACUUGAAGAUGGGUGGCGUUUUGGACGGAAGUGCAGACGGUCUGAGGGUUUGGAAUUUCGACCUCCCAUGCGAAGGGGGAGAACGUUACGCUCAAUAUAUCAGACGAACAACCGGUUCUUCGGAGAAAUUUGACGAGCAUUUCGUGGCAUUUCUGCGUCAUCAAGACCGACUAUAUCGAAGUUCAGAUCAAGAUAGCAUGAAUAAUGUCUCUCAGCUAUUGGCUCGUCAACUGUGGUGGGACAAAGACGACAUAGUGCAUUACCUACAGCUGUUCUUUGAGAAGAAGUGGGCACAAGCGGGGGGUUCCUUUCGUGUCCCGUGGGAGGAGAUCCUAAGGGAUCCUGAGAUGUAUUUGGAUAUGGCUGCAUUUCCAACACAGUUCACGCUCAAGAGGUUAAAUGAUUACAGCAAGGCAGAGCUAUGCGAACUCUAUUCGCAUCUGUACGCAGCGCAGAACGGAGCUUCGAUCGCGCCGACGUUCCGUUUCAAGUCAGUAUUACAGGCCAGCAGCGAUGCAGAACAAGACGAGCGUGGCAGCAGUACAAUUCCGUAUUCAGCUAGAAACACUACAAUGCGACUUGUUCGCCCGGUAUCCACGGGAGCGGGUGGAAGUUCGGAACAACCGAUGCUCGUGAGCGAGCCUUUCCCUCGCGAAGGGUCGAACGAUGGAGAUGACGACGAAGAUGCAUCAUUCCUUCGUGACAUCUUAACCAACAUUCCUGACGACAACAGCCGGGGUAUCGGCGUCUCUAACGUCCUUCGGCGCGAAGAAGCCGACGAAUCAACAAGUGAGGACAACGUGAUCAACACGAAUCUUCAUCGCGUACGCAAGGCGGUCAGAAUCACUGGCGUGCCCGGCUCAGGAGAAGACGUGACAUCAGAUGGGUCAGAUGAAUCUUCAGAAGAGCUCAGCAGUGAUGCGGGCUCAGCUUCUCGUCGUAGCCGUAAGGCGGUUAGGUUCACUGACGUGCCCGACUCAGAAGACACGGAAUCAGAUGGGUCAGAUGGGUCUUCAGAAGAUCUCAGCAGUGAUGCGGGCCCAGCUUCUCGUCGCAGCCGUAAGGCGGUUCGGAUCACUGGCGUGUCCGACUCAGAAAGCUCAGUAGAGCACCUCAACCGGCGGGCUCGCUCGAUUCGGCCGCGCAAAGCAACUAGAAUGAUUAUUGACUCCGACCUAGAAGAAGAUAUCACCGACGAAGAAAUGGACAUUGCUUCAGAAGACUCGUUAAUCGAUAGUAGUGAAUCUCAGCAUCCGCCGAGACGGGUGUCACAAACUCUCCGCCGCGGUGCCUCCGGUUGUGCUCGUACUCUAAGUCCAGGACCAGCGUCGAGCAGUUCGCUGCCAUUAAUGGUCAUGGAUAUUGACAUCGAGUCCCGGAAUGUCGUCAGUAGUUACCGAACUGAUAGUACGAUGAACUGGGAAGCGAAUGAAAUGGGCACCAACAUGCAGGAAUAUGGUCUGAUUUCUGCGAGUGAAGAAGCGGACCAUUCAGCGGUAACGACUGGCUCUGAACGCGAAGAGUCACGACAUUGGAUAGCUAAAUCGGGAAAUAGGCAGACCAGCAUGAGAGAGAAAUGCCGAAAUGCGUGUCAAUCGGCUCGUCCUGAAUGGGCAGUCGUCGCGGGCGAAGUAAGGCACCCCAUGCCCGUCGGUAAAUGGCCUGAGUGGGUUUGCGCUAAGAUGCAGAGCUUAAUUGGAAUCGUUCCAACGGACUGCAAUGCGCUUCGUAGUCUCUUUCCGAUCAUGGUCAAACUCGACGGUAUGCUUCCGCGAGCCUCAAUCCAAGCAGAGUCCUUGCCUGUCGGUUUGCAAACAUGGGUCGAUGUUGCAGCUAAACAUAUAUCCAGCAAGAGGGUGGUGCCAGCUACUUUCACUAUGGAGUGGCUUACGUGGUGGCACUCUUUGCAGCCCGUCUCUCGUCAAAUCUGUAAUCUCGACCUCGACUCUCAACUUUCACAUCCUACGCACGCUGAAGAAUUGAGGUGGCCAGCUCUUGAGAAGGGCGGCGUGAACGGUAUCAGCCAAGUUGCAUUCACACUUUGUUUAUGCUUCCCGGCAAAGGAAGCCCGUGGUAACUUCACCCUUAUGCAGUGGCAUUCUUGGCUAUGGGACUUGACGUGGGUGUUCCAACGCAUGCUUGUCGGUAUGGAAGAAAGACAAUGCGCGUCGUCCGAGAGCAUUACUGUUCGGACAUCCGUGGUUGAGCAUACGGACUCAAGCGUCGCGGUCAACAUAACUCAAGAUGAAAGCUUACAUCAAGGGAUUCCUGCAGAAUCAGACGAAAUGACGAGGAGAUCUGCCCGGUUGAAAAUCAAGGAACAGAAGGAUCAGAGAUCAACGAGGGACAAGAUCAAGUAUGCCGGUGCGAAACAGUAA